AUCGCCUUCAUCGUUUCUCACGAUAAGUCAAUUCUCGCGCCAAUGCUUUUGUUUGUUCGAAACGACGACCACCAUGUCCGUUUCUUCUUCUUGUCCAUCUUGGUCAUCGCUUCGACGUGCCUCGACCCUCGUGACAGGAGAAAUGGCCGCGAUCGUUGCCGUUUUCUGCUCGUCAAGAGGAUCAUUUCCUCGUGUUCCACAGAAGCUCAUUAUUUCGCAUCGACGCUGUUGUUGACACACCGAAUUGCUUAAGUUCACCUCUGAUUACCAUACAGCAACGAAACAAUGACGACAACGAUGAUUCGAUUUCUCUUGACGACCAUGACGUUCUCCUUGGCAACUGCAGCACCGCAAACGUACGGCUUUCCAUGUCUGGGUUCUCGCGUCUAUCCCAGCUACUCGUCGGGUGCUCCAGAUUCGUGGUUGGGGUCGUUCUCUCCAGUAGACGAAAGUGAGUUCCAAUGCGCUACGUUGGGCUAUGGCGUGACGGCGGCCAAUGCCAAUGCCAUGAUGGAAAGCGAGUUUUCCGUCGAGACCAUGAUGCAACACUUUCAGUCGGAGCCCGCCAAUGCGCUGUCGAUGGAAAUGUGGAUUAGCCUCCCCGACGAGCCCAUUGCCGCAGGGGCGCAACGAUCCAUCUUGACUGUGGGGGAAUCGACCAAUCAUACUCAAGAUCCCUUGGUGGAGAAACGUCGCGAUGAAUGUGUUGGUCUUGACUUCCAAAUAUCGCAGGUGGGUGAAGACAGGCUGAGGAUUCUUUGGCGCGAUGAGAAUGUCCAGGUCCAAUGCCGGGUUGUCUUCUUUGAUCUACCCGAUGAGGUCAAGAGAGGUCGCGAUCUGCUUCACAUUGUCUGGGUUCUUGGACAGCUACCCGAAUACGACUACCAGACUCGGUUGAGUGUCUUUUUCAAUGGACGGCCCUACGUCAAGGAUGGAAAAUGGGUGUACGAAAAUGCCGACAUCAAAGCCAUCCAAUUCAGUGGACAGCUCAAAAAGUGGAAUCCUCAGUAUCACAUGCAGCUCUUCCAUCACAAUGUGGAAGAGCUUUCCAGGACUGGUGCAUUCGCUGGAUCCGUGCACGAAUUGUCCAUCCACGAUAGCUACAUGACGGGCCAGGAAAUCAAGGAGGCUUACGUUGUCGGCUUGGAGAGCAUUCGCCAAGGUGCCAAGCCCAAGACAGCUCCUCCGUUGCCAGUGCAAAGCACGGAAGAGGAACAACAGAGUGACAACAGCCAGAGCACCGCUGCACCCACGAGUCCGUCUGAGGAGCAAACCGAACUCGGUAUUCCCAAGCUCGUCGCAAAGCCCGAUGAAUUCUUCAUUGUCCCUCAGGGCUCGCCAACCCCAAUCACGCUCAGUGGAGAAUCUACUCUCAACCCCGCAUGGGUGAAUGGUUGGUGGGAAAUCAAGGUUGAAAUCAUGGAAGCACCUCGCUUUGGACGUCUUCUACUAGCCAACGAUGCCAAGCAUCCGCCAAUCCAGACUGGAGAUCUGCUCAACAUGGUGGAGAUGGAACGUGCAUUUGGAGUGUUGGCUCGAUACGAGCAAGACGAUGGAGACUACUUCAACCGGCCUCAGGUCUCCGACACGGGCGACGACUUGGGCACACAAAUGGAAUCUUUUCUAUACCGCAUCGUCGCCGUGGAUACCGUCAAUCAGGGAGUCUUGAGCUAUUCCUCUGUUGUGCAGCAACCUGUGCAUGUCGUCCGUGCCAACGAACCGGCCAAGCUCGUGACCGAAAAUCUCAGAACGCCUUUUGAAUGGACGGAGCACCUAGGUUUUGAUGGACGAGAAAAUAUUCCAAGGACCUACUUUCGCGAGCCCAUCCAGGUGCAGGAUCCAGCAAAGGGCAAGGUCGAGCGGAUUCGUGUGGACAUCUUCACCAACUCGACCGCAACAGUCUCGUUGAACGAGCAGAAUCUGCACCUGGCAGAGCUGGAGGUUUGCAGCAAGCGAGAGUUCUCCCAGUGGCGGUGCAUUGGAACGGGAGAGAACGAUCGCGCAAUCACUUUUGUGGCCUACCCCAGCGACGUGGAACUCAUCCUGAAGGAUAUGAUUUACGAUGGAGUCUACAACGAACCUGGACUGGUCACCAUUCAAAUCUGGGACGGGCGAGGUGGAAAUUGCUUGAGUCGGCAGGAGCACGCUGCACUCGUCUAUGAAAACGGGCGGCCCAUGGAGGAGAAUGAAGUGUGCUACUCGGACACAUUGGUGAUUGCCAUGGAAGCACGGGACGGGGAAAGCGCCGUGAUCCCCGAAGUACAAAACCUAGGGCAGCCCCUGGCUGUCGCAACCACCAUCUUCAUUAUAGGGUUGAUAGGGUGUUCUCUCGUCACUUGUUGCAAGCUCUGCGGCAAGAUCGUCGCCCACUGCAAGUGGCUUAUGGCAGGCAACAGCAAGGAAAUCGAACCUCGUGAUGAUGCAGAGACGGAAGCUACAACAAGCCAAGUAUCUGAGGAUGUCCCAUAGCACUGUGUAACAAAGAAUAGACAAGUCGACUCAAACUAAAAAAUAUAGAGACAACCCCUAAAGCAAGUAAAGACCUUCACAAUG